GACACACAAGAAGUGCAUGUUCAUUCCAAGCAGGCACAAAUAGGACAACCUGUCUGUUUCCCCAUGUGUUCAAGGACCCUUCUCUAAGAUGUCCAUGCUUGCCGAACCUCGUCGUAAACAGAAGUGGUCUGUGGACCCCAGAAACAGCGCAUGGAGCAACGAUGAGUCCAAGUUUGGACAGAAGAUGCUGGAACGCAUGGGCUGGUCCAAAGGAAAGGGUCUUGGCAAGACUGAACAAGGGUCUACAGAACACAUUAAGGUUAAAGUCAAGAACAACAGCCUGGGUCUGGGCACCGCAGUCAACCACGAGGACAACUGGAUUGCCCACCAGGAUGAUUUUAAUCAACUCCUUGCUGACCUUAACAACUGCCAUGGACAGAACAACACAGAGAGUCCUGCGCAGGACAAAGGAUUCAGUUUGGAAGAGAAGUCCAAGACAUCCAAGAAGAGGGUCCAUUAUAUGAAAUUCACUAAAGGAAAGGACCUGUCCAGUCGCAGCGAAACAGACCUGGCUUGUAUUUUUGGGAAACGAGCGAAGCAAGAAACCAAAGACCGAGAUGAGGGAAGCAGUGGCUCGGACUCUCAGGAAGAUAAAGAAGACAGCGAAACGUUAGCUAAUCCAGACCCAGAGAUUCAACCUAACACUGUGACCAGCUCUCUGACCAUGCAGGAGUAUUUCGCUCAGCGCAUGGCCCUCCUCAAGAAGACAAACACUGCUUCAUCUGCACCAUCCACACCUGCAUCUACAGAGGACUCAACACCUAAUGCGAGCGAUGGGGAGCAGACCAAGAAGAAGAGGAAGAAGAAGAAAGACAGAGAGUGCGAUCGAGACGUCACAGAGGAAGACACGCAGACCAGAGUAACAGGAGAGAGCGUUAAAGAGCCUCCAAAUCACUCACAGAAGAAGAAGAAAAAGAAGAGCAGAAGGAACGAGGAGGAAGUGAACGGCGUCUCUGCAGUAAUGGAGGAAGAAGAAAAGGAGCAGGUUGAGGCAGAUGAACAGAAGACUGUAGAAAGCGAGAAUCAGGACUCUAAAGUUUCAGAGAAAAAGAAAAAGAAGAAAAAAAAGAGAGAGCGAGAUGAUGGAGGAAAGGAGGAAGAAGUGACAGAGGAAACGGUACACAAACAGAAGAAGAAAAAACUGAAAAAAUGAUUUUGCGCAGUGGACUGCUAUUGAAACCCCCCGGACUCUUUAGAUAUCAUCAUGGGUUUAGGAUUGAGAUCAACAAAAUGAAUCCUGAUGAAUUACGAAUUCAUUCAGUUUGUUUGAUAAUUGGUUUGAAUCUACACAUUUAAGCUAAACAAUGAGACAUUAAAAAACACACUGUCUGCA